AUGUCGAAGGACAUGGGCAAGAAACACGCGGGACGUCGCCGUCGCAGGCAGAAGAAGACGGUGGAGGGGGGCGCGAAGUCACCGUCAGUCGCAUCGCCUGCCGGAAUUUUUUCCCCUGGUGUGAGUGCCAUGUCCAUGAGUGGUGCAACAAGCCGUGUCUCCGAUCCGUCGCCUAGCACCCUCAACGCAGGGCAGCCUGCAUUGCCAGGAAGGAUCAUCACCAGGCAACCGUCGUCUCCCGGAAGUGUCACAACUACGGAACCGGCGUCAUCCGGCCGUGGCAGCGGCGGUCACCCCUACCAUGGUAGUCCUCACACUGCGGCGGUGACGUCAACUGUCUCCGGAGCCAUCACAGCGCCAAAACACGAUGCGAUGUCCCCGGUCUUGCCGUCAACCUCGGAGCCCACUGCUGCAAGAAACUACCAUUGCGCACUCCUGUUGGCUAGCUGUGGUUUUCUCGCUUUCGUCAGCUUCCUCGUCAUCAUUUCGAGCUUCCACAAGCGCAGUGAGAGCCACUCCGCGCUCUGCAACACGGAAGACUGCCGUGCACACGCCUCGCUGCUCACUAAGCAUCUCAACUGGACGCUGGACCCCUGCGAGGACUUUCAAGCGUUCGUUUGCUCGGCAGUGCGCUCAUCCUCCCACCGCAGCGAGAUCUCCAAGACAGUCAUAGACGUUGUGCGGCUAUCAUGGUUCCAGAGACUCCAGGCCAUUCUAGUCGGUGGCUCGCUCAAGAUUCCCGUUGGAAGGAAGGCGCUCGCUAUGUACAGCAGGUGCAAGGACAAAUACCCGUCGGACAAACCUGAUUUGCCGCUUUUCCUCAAAUUUAUCAGGGACCAAGGAUGGGAUUGGCCAAAACCGCCGCGAGAAUUUGAACCACCGCUGCAAUUCGCCAUCAAGCUUGCCUAUGUGUGGCAAUUCCCGUUAUGGAUGUCGGUAAGUGUGCUGGAGGUCCCGGAUCAAUCUUCGUCAGCUACAAGGCUGAGGUUCCAAAUCCGGCCGAGCAUGCUCGUUCCCGUACUGCUCUACCACCACCAGGUAGCCAGACCCGUUUACGAUACGUACUGGGAUCUGUAUCUUUCCCACAUGUAUCCGGACAGCAGUACGAGACCCAACAUCAGCAGAACUGCUGUCGACGAGAUCCGCGACCUGGAGGAGCAAAUACUGCGCACCUUGCACUCGCUGGCCAACUCAGCGUCAGCAAAGCCGGCGGUGUUUUCCUUCGGCAAUAUCUCGGCCUACGUUCCGAACGCCUUCACUUUCGGAUGGCUUAGAAGCUUCCAGGAAUCCAUGCCUCUCAGCCGACAGCUAAGCUUAGCUGAUGAAAUCGCCGUCAGCAAUGUCCGUCUUCUCCUGCUGGUCGGCGGGCUUCUCGAAACGUACAACGUGCGGCAGCUGAACAUGCAUCUGACGUGGCUACUCGUGCAGUACUACGCUCCCGUGGCAGAUUAUCGCAUGCUCGUCGACCACUACGGCAGCAAGCAGAAAGCAGCGGCUUAUUUGCCUCUUUUCUGCGGCCAUCAGGUCGAAGCAUCCUACAAGGUUCUUCUUGCUGCGCUCGACCUGGUCUUCCGGUUCAAUUCGCGGGACAUCAAGACCAUUAACGACGGCUUUGACGACGUGGUUUCAACAGCUGUCCAAAAGGUCAACGCUUCAGACUGGAUAGACGAUGAGAGCAAGGCGCAAUUAACCGAGAAGAUCUUUGCUGUGAAGAAGUCACUGUGGCCCCCCGACGCUGUCGUGAACGCUGACUUGCUCGAGCAGCUGUACGGUGGGUUUCCCGAAAAUGCUACAAGUUUCGCGGCCCUAUGGAUGAGCACGAGAAAGAAUGCAAGCGUAAUAAUGAUGAAAGGUCAAUAUCAGGAGGUGAUGAGGCUGCCUUGGAACAGUCUGCCUGGCGACGUUGUCUACGAUUACGUCUCAAACACCAUAGAACUGGCAACUGGCACCAUCUCAGCACCGCUGUACUAUCCGCACGGGUCGAAGGCUAUGCUGUAUGGUGGUCUCCUGUUCCUCAUGGCGACCCACUUGGUUCGUGCAUUCGACAAAGAAGGCGUGCGGUGGACGCCCAACGGAUCCAAGGUCGACAGCAUCAUGUCCAAUGCGAGCCUGUUUGAAUAUCACCGUAGGGAUCGAUGCCUCGAUGGUGCUGUAGAGCACAGCCUCUUCCCGGAAGUGUCUGCUUUUGAGAUUACCUACACAGCCAUGAAGCAGUCUCACGUUCGAGACGGUAGCGUGCCCCUGGUGCUGCCUGCUGACCUCUCGGAAGACGAGGUCUUCCUCAUGACGCUAUGUUAUAUUUUGUGCGACAUAUCAGGGCGUCAGCCCUCUCGUUGCCCUGGAUGCCGACGUGAGAGGGGAGCCACUGCAGCGACAGCUUCAAGCCACUUGAAGCAAGGGUGCGAAGCUUUCCGCCAGCAGGGCAAUGCCAAGGCCGGCGGUCUCAGCUCGACGAAGAGCCAGGGGCGCCAUUCGCGAGUCGCAGAGGAUCACAGCCGGAGAAUCCGGGGGGUCCUCCGCCAGCAGGUCACCUCAGCAGCGGUGGAGCUUGCUCAUGGCGUCACGAGCGAGUAUUUCGGCAAGAAGAUAGGCACAAUCACAACGUACAACCAUGGCGUCGCUGGCAACGUGUCUGCCGCCGCGGAGGAUGGUAUCUUCGUCAUGGGUCUCACAUACGACGGAAGGGGUCCCGAUGCGUAUUUCUGGGCCGGAACCAAAGCCGAACUGGACGAAGAGUCAGGUGAUCAGUUGCCCGACGAGGCCGGAAGGUGA